AUGAAUAUGUCAUUUGGAAACGAUGCCUAUCAGAUUAAGAUGACCCACGUGACAGCAGAUUGCACUACUCCAGGUUCUGUUGAUCAUUCUGACCAGCCUCAGUGCCACAUGAAUACGUCAUUUGCAAACGAUGCCCCUCAGAAACAGAUGACCCACGUGACAGCAGAUUGCACUACUCCAGGUUCUGUUGAUCAUUCUGACCAGCCUCAGUGCCACAUGAAUACGUCAUUUGCAAAUGAUGCCCCUCAGAAACAGAUGACCCACGUGACAGCAGAUUGCACUACUCCAGGUUCUGUUGAUCAUUCUGACCAGCCUCAGUGCCACAUGAAUACGUCAUUUGCAAACGAUGCCCCUCAGAAACAGAUGACCCACGUGACAGCAGAUUGCACUACUCCAGGUUCUGUUGAUCAUUCUGACCAGCCUCAGUGCCACAUGAAUACGUCAUUUGCAAACGAUGCCCCUCAGAAACAGGACCUCCCGCUCCUCCUCCCUCCCUCCCUCCCUCCAUCUCUCCCCUCCUCUCCCCUCUCCCCUCUAACUCCUUCUUUCCCCUCCUCUCUCUCUCUUCCUCUCUCCCCUCAUCUCCCUAUCUGCCCUCCUCUCCCUCUUCUACUUACCUCCUCUCUCUCUUCCUCUCUCCCCUCCUCUCCCUCUCUUUCUCUCUCCCCUCCUCUCCCUCUCACCUGUUCCUCUCCUACUUACCUCCUCUCUUCCUCUCUCCCCUCCUCUCCCUCUCCUACUUACCUCCUCUCUCUCUUCCUCUCUCCCCUCCUCUCUCUCUCUUCCUCUCUCUCCUCCUCUCUCUCUCUUCCUCUCUCCCCUCCUCUCUCUCUUCCUCUCUCCCCUCCUCUCUCUCUCUUCCUCUCUCCCCUCCUCUCUCUCUCUUCCUCUCUCCCCUCCUCUCUCUCUCCUCUCUCCCCUCUACCUCCCUCUCCUCCUCCCCCUCCACUCCUCUGCCUCCCUCUACCUCCCUUCCCCUCUCCUCCCUCCCCUUCUGCCACCCUUGCUCUCAGUCUUCCACACACUCCCUCUCCUCCUCCCCUUCUCUCUCUCUUCCUCUCUCCCCUCCUCUCUCUCUUCCUCCCUCCCUCUCCUCUCUCCCCUCUACCUCCCUCUCCUCCUCUCCUCUCCCACGCUCUCCUCCUCUCCCUCCACUCCUCUGCCUCCCUCUACCUCCCUUCCCCUCUCCUCCCUCCCCUUCUGCCACCCUUGCUCUCAGUCUUCCACGCCCUCCCUCUCCUCCUCCCCUUCUCUCUCUCCCUCCCCGCCCCCUCCCUCCGUCUCUCUUUAGCCCAGAGGCAGCAGUGUAGGAGCAGACAGAGCAGAGUGAGUGUGUGUGACAUGUCCAGGGCGGAUGUAGCAGCGAUCGCAGGAACCUCUCAGGAUGAAAAUAAGCCGUGA